AUUCAUUUGAUCUAUUAAUGUGUUACUAGUUUUAUUUUGUAUUCUUAAAGUAAAAAAAUAAAGCGAUGUCGUGGAUUUGGAUAGCGAUUUUCCUUUCUGUUUUCAUCAGUGAGCGAUCGAAUGGAGUGGAGGGAAAAAGAGGAUUUGGACCUGGCGAACAAGAUUGGGGACAUGUUAAAGUUCGAGCUGGCGCCCACAUGUUUUGGUGGCUUUAUUAUGCCAACCCGCCCGAGAAAUCAGGAUACUUUGAUGCCUUCAGUAAACCACUAGUGAUUUGGUUACAAGGAGGCCCAGGAUCUCCUUCAACUGCCUACGGAAAUUUUGAAGAAAUCGGGCCACUUGAUAUCAAUCUACAGAGACGUAAUUAUACUUGGGUCAAUGAUUACAAUGUUUUGUUCAUUGAUAACCCAGUGGGCACAGGAUUUAGUUACGUUGAAAACAAUUCAAACUUUACUCGUAACAAUAUAGAAAUAGCGAAAGAUCUUUUGCAUUGUAUGACAGGAUUUUCAAACGCAAUUCCUCAAUUUAAAAAAGUCCCGACUUAUAUUGUAGCCGAAUCUUAUGGAGGAAAAAUGGCCACACAUUUUGCUCUAGCGUGGGAUGCAUUGCAAAAACGUGGUUAUAUUAAAAGUAACUUGAAAGGCAUUGGUUUAGGCGAUUCUUGGAUCUCGCCCAUUGAUACAGUUCUCUCUUAUGCUCCAUAUUUAUAUUACACGGGUAUGGUCAAUUAUGAUGGCUAUGAAAAAAUUCAAAAUGCCGCGGAGCUAACGAGGGCUGCAAUUGAAUCAGAAAAUUGGCAUUAUGCUACAGCAAGAUUUUAUGAAACAUGGAAAGUUAUUAUGAACUGUACAAAUAACAUUGACUUAUACAAUCUUUUAGAAAGAAAAAUACCGUUCAAAAAACUUCAACCUAAGUAUCAUUCUGGUGCGCGGGAAGAAUUACGCGAAUCAGACUUUGAAAAAAAAUUAAAUUUCCUUAUGAAUGGUAAAGUAAAAACCGCACUCGGUCUCAAAAAUUUAUUCAAAAUACGUUCUAGUGAAAUUAAAAGGAACCUAGAUGAAGAUUUUAUGACGUCAGUUACUAAUAUUAUUGAGAAAAUUCUUGAUGAAACAAAUUUAAAAGUCUUUGUAUACAAUGGGCAACUUGAUGUCAUUGUACCAACUGCUAGUACAGUCGCUUGGUUAGAAAAACUAAAGUGGAAUGGCGCGGAAAAGUGGAGAAAUUCUGAAAGAGUUGACUUGACUAUUGAUAAUAAUAUUGAAGGAUAUGUACAGGGCUAUAAAAAUUUAAAAAUGUUUUGGAUUAAUCGAGCGGGUCACAUGGUACCAAAAGAUAAUUAUUAUGCAACAAAUUUGAUGCUCAAAAUGCUGACUUCAGAAGCAUAAAUAUCUCUUGUCGUAAAUUAUAAGUCAUGGUUAUUUAAAAUAAGCAAAGUUUGUACUGAAUUUCAAUAUUUUAAUUACUAUAAAUCCAUUAUUACUUUGAAAAAUA